GCGAUGCACAGCGCGCGACACGACGAUGGCACGCGCCGGCGCCGCCUCACGCCCGACACGAAUCUGCUGUCGCCCGAGAAUCUCGAGGCAAUUGCACCGUACUUGGCGUCCGAGGACUACAUGACGUUCCUUCGCGCACUGCCCGACCAGCUUCGCACACCCGCGCUCCGACUCGUCGCGAUGCUAGCCCACGUUCUCGGAUCCGACGCGAUUUGGCCCGGCCUCGACCUUGGCGUGCUCACACAGCUCGCUAAUGCCAAGAACAUUCUCGCGCAGCUUCUUAGCGUGCACCCAACGCUUCGAGCGACCACGCCGACCGCACUGCCCAACAUGCCACCAGUUCUUGCGCCACCGUCACGCCCGUGGCCGAUGCUAGGCCACCUUUCGCUCACAUUUGCAGCAUGGGCCAUGGACCCUGCGGUGCUCACGACCGUCCAGCAAGUGCUCACGUUCAAUGCAGCGUCCCUCCGGUCAAUCGAGGUCCAUUUUUCGGCACCGUACGUUCGAGAGUGGGACGAACUAAAGCCCGCGCAAAACGCUCUUCUCGAGAUGCUUGUGGGCCUCCUCGUGGCGUUGCAGCGCAUCGAGAAGCUCACGCUGCGUGCCACACACAAGCUGCGCUUCCCCGACGCGGCAGCUGCAUCGCUCGCUGCGUGGAUUGACACGACGCCGCUUACGUCACUGACAAUGAACAACAUGUACGAGCUCUCGUCCACGCAGAGUGUCUGGGCGAAGCCAACGCUCGUGUCGCUUGCCCUCGACCCGCUAUUUCGCUUCAACCACAGGGCGGCCUUUUCCCGCUGGCUCACGCACAUUGACCUCCGCCUCUUCGGACCGUACCAGUUGUACUACGUGGCCGAAAGGCUCAUCGACUGUCCUCUCACGUCGCUGCAUUUCCGUCUCGAGGACGGAGACACGAUCAAGGGCGGUCAAGAUGUCCAGCGCUUUCUCGAAACCCACCUUCCAAGCCUCCAUCAGCUCACAACCUUGCGCUUGACCAGCGUGCAUCUUUCGACGACCCACUGCCUCACGCUCGCGCUUCUUCUGCCACGCUACAAGCACGUCGCCCUCACGUCCAACAAGCUGGGCGACGCCGGUGUCCUUGCUCUUGCGCCCUUUCUUCGGCACACAUCGCAGCUCGAGACGCUCAAACUGGUUGGCCAAGGCUUUGGUGACGUUGGUGCGUCCGCACUCGCAACUGCGCUGAAGCACACGCCUCUUCUUCACACGCUGGACCUUGGCCGCAACGAAAUCAAGAUGAGUGGUGUUGUGGCACUGAGUCAUCUCUUUCCGUAUCUCCCACGACUGGCAACGUGGCGCUUGUCCAACAACCCACUGGGCGCCAAAGGACUCGUAUUUCUUCUGCGUGCGUGGACGUAUGUGGAGCUCAACACGACAAUGUUGAUCGACGCCCGCAGUACGAUCGACAACAACGACGAUUCCCGGGAUGUUGACGCGCUGAUCGCAGCGCUGCCGCGUCACCGAACAUGCUUGGUAGCUACUGAGACACCCACAACCGAAGGCGAACACCAGACGAUUGCGUAUGCCGAGACACCGAUUUUACGUCGCCCGGUCCAGCUCGCAAUCCUUAUGGCACCGCAACAAGUCCUUGACGAGAAUGAGGACAUGUAGCUGGGAUGCCAUUCGAC